CCCUGCCUCCCCGCCGAGCUCUCCCCGCUCUCGCCCCAGCGCUCGCAGGGACCACCCCGCGCUCCGCCCGCGGGCUGGGCGGUGGCUGCCGAGGGUCGGGGCAGCCCCGCACUCGAGCGGCCUCCCCGGCCCGGGCUGACGCGGACGCGGCCUGUGGGUGCCCCGUCCUGCCGAGGGGAGCGGCACAGACCCAUCUCCCGCCUGCUCGGGAGCGGCCCCGGCCCCGCUCCGGUUCAGGAGCCCCSGGAGCUCACGGCGGCCGGACACGCUUGUGCACAGACGAGGAAGAGGCGAGGGUAAACCACUGGAUUUUUGCUAGAAAUUGUGCCAGAGUGACACUAGCAGUAAAGAUGUCAUAUUUAAUGAAAGGAGUUAAAUGUCACAGUCCUGUGAUGUGUAAAGUAGCAGGAAGCCUGUUUAAAACACACACACUGAAGAACAUAUUACRAAUCAAUGAGCAGCAACUCAAAAUUUCACGUGCAUCAUCCCAACUGAGUUCUGAAAAGGCAAACUCCUACAAUUACAUCAUUGUUGGAGCUGGAUCAGCAGGCUGUGUGYUGGCCAACAGGCUGACAGAGGACCCUCAGAGUACCGCGCUCCUUUUGGAAGCCGGCCCUAAAGACACCGUCCUGGGCAGUAAAAGGCUGAUGUGGAAGAUCCACAUGCCCGCAGCGCUAACGUACAACCUGUGUGACGAGAAAUACAACUGGUACUACCACACCACAGCCCAGAGGCACAUGGACAGGCGGGUGAUGUACUGGCCCCGGGGCCGGGUGUGGGGCGGCUCCUCCUCGCUCAAUGCCAUGGUUUACAUCCGCGGGCACGCCGAGGAUUACAACCGCUGGAGCAGGGAAGGGGCUCUGGGCUGGGACUACGAGCACUGCCUGCCCUAUUUCAAGAAGGCACAGACGCACGAACUGGGGCCGGAUCAGUACCGAGGUGGGAAUGGCCCCUUGYACGUGUCCAGGGGGAAAACAAACCAUCCUCUUCAUCAAGCGUUCCUGGAGGCAGCUCAGCAAGCCGGGUACCCCUUCACGGAUGACAUGAAUGGCUACCAGCAGGAGGGCUUYGGCUGGAUGGACAUGACCAUACACCGAGGUCAGAGAUGGAGCACAGCUAGUGCUUAUCUUCGCCCAGCCAUAUCACGCCCAAAUUUAUCAGUUGCAGAGAAGACACUUGUAACAAAAAUCUUGUUUCAAGGAACAAAAUGCAUUGGUGUUGAGUAUGUGAAAAAUGGGCAAAGGAAAAAGGUUUUUGCCGAUAAGGAAGUUAUUUUAAGUGGAGGUGCCAUAAAUUCUCCCCAGCUGCUUAUGUUGUCUGGAAUUGGAAAUGCAGAUGAUCUAAAAAAACUGGGGAUYCCUGUUGUUUGCCACCUUCCCGGAGUAGGACAGAAYCUUCARGAUCAUUUAGAAGUGUAUGUCCAGCAAAAGUGCACCAAGCCCAUCACUCUGUACAGUGCACAAAAGCCAUUUAACAUGGUGAGGAUUGGGCUCGAAUGGCUUUGGAAAUUCACAGGCGAUGGAGCCACUGCCCACUUAGAAUCUGGUGGUUUUAUCCGAAGUGAGCCAGGGGUUCCUCACCCUGACAUUCAGUUCCACUUCCUUCCUUCUCAGGUGAUUGAUCACGGUCGUGUUGCUUCUGCCGUGGAAGCUUACCAGGUGCAUGUGGGUCCCAUGAGGAGCACAAGCGUGGGCUGGGUGAAGCUGAAGAGCACAGACCCAAAUGAACACCCCAUCAUCGAGCCAAACUACCUGUCCACAGAACGAGAUAUUUGGGAAUUCCGCCAGUGUGUCAAGCUGACCAGAGAGAUCUUUGCUCAGAAAGCUUUUGAACAAUUUCGUGGGCCUGAAAUUCAGCCAGGAAAUCAUGUUCAGUCUGACAAAGAAAUAGAUGCUUUCAUAAGGCAGAAGGCUGAUAGUGCUUACCAUCCUUCCUGCACCUGUAAAAUGGGUCAGCCUUCAGACAGCACRGCCGUGGUUGAUCCCCAAACUAAAGUAAUUGGUGUUGAAAACUUGAGAGUAGUUGAUGCUUCAAUAAUGCCCAGUGUUGUCACUGGAAAUCUGAAUGCCCCAACCAUCAUGAUAGCAGAGAAAGCUGCAGAUAUCAUUAAGGGCCUCCCAUCACUUCGGGASAAAAAUGUUCCUGUCUAUAAGCCCAAGACCUUGGAAACACAAAGAUAAACAAAUAUUCUCAUCCUUUCAUAUCAUUUGCUAUUUAGGCUUUCAUCAGCAUGUUGGUAUCUCAUACUGAACAUGACAACAUGACAAAUAUCAUGCAAAAUAACAUAUCCUAUAAAAUAACCAUUAAUUUGAAUCAUUUUUUGUAUUUGACUACCUACUUUUUUAAUCAGCUGCCUUAAUUUCCUUUUUUUUAGAAUCAUAGAAUAAGUUGAGUUAGAAGGGACCAAUCAGGAUCACUGAGUCCRACUCCUGACCCUGUGCAGGACACUMCAAGGGCCACAAAUUUAGUUAAAUAUGACCUUUCAUGGUAAAUUCAAAUUUCCUGUUGAAGAGAAGCUGUUUCUAAAUGACAAGAAGGUUGUGCACACAYGCCAGAAAUAUUGUGCAAUUGCAUGAGGAAUGGAAGAGAUUAACGUCUGCUGUUUUGAAAAUGGUUAUGGUAUCCCUUUUUAKUGGAGGAAUUUUAACUGCUCUGAGAAUGUUACCCAAGAUAACAGCUCAUGAGUGAUCACCACAUCCUGCAAAGAAUGGUCAAGCAAAUGUAAGCACUGAGGCAAUUUCAUAAUCAUGAGCUGAAUUAGUUUGUAUCAGAAUUCCUGGGAAGUGGAGGAAGCUGCAUGUGCUCACAAUCUGUCAAAUGUGAUUUUUGUGGCAGGAAUGCACAGUUUACAAAUCCUCAUUCAAAGUUAGAUUUCACUAAACUCAGCAGUCUCUAACUGUAUGGUAUUCAGGGAGAAAACACACWGUGUAUUUAUCAGAAAAUUAUUUUUCUAAAAAAAAAAUGCAGAACUGGAGUUGAUAUUUAUAAAAAUCUACUGGAAAACUGGAAUUUCUCUUUGUUUUAUUUUGGUUGGKUUUUUUAUUUUGGCUUUUCAACAAGGAACUUAGUAGAAUUCUGCUCACAAUUUAAGCUGAUUUAGUUGUACCACUCUGGCAGUAAGAGAUCUGCRCUUCCUGUAACAUCCUUAAAGUUAUUGGUCUUUGCUGAGAUGAUUGUUCGCAAAAGACAUUUCUCAGCAAAUAUUCUGAAUGGUGCCUUGUUAUCACUCCAAUUCUAUUUAGAAAAAWUACAGCCAAACCAUAUUUAAAAUGAAAUGUUACCCAAAAUAACUAUAGAAGUUCAGAUAGUGAUGAUAUGAGAUCUUUCUCAAUUAGAAGAUAAAUAGCUAAUUCAGUGAACCAAUGCUAUAUUUUAGUUAGGACCUAAAUCUUUGCUUUAUUAUCUUCAGAUGUAUAMGUUAAGAUACUUGAGCUUUCAUGGMURUUUUCUGUGUCAAACUAACUUUCAGGUACUGACUGAUUUUUUUAAAAAACUAAACUAAAGAAACUGCACUCAYUAAAUGAAAUUGAAUCCAUUGAUUAUUUUGCAUUAUUAAGUAUUCCGAAAUAAUUUCUGACUAAUCAGCUGUCAGAUCACAAAGUAAAAGCUUCUGUAGACUAAGAUUUCUGAGGACUUGUGGCAAACAGAAUAAACUCUUUUUCAGAAAAAAAACAAAUGGAAUUUGACACCAUUUUAACAGACUGUAGGAAACCUUGCUGACUCAGAUGUUGGCUGGAGGGCCAACUGCAGAUGUUUCAGGCAGAUAUUUGUACCUGGUGCUGCUCAGUGCCAGGCACUGACUGGAAACCCUGCUGGGGGAAAGGACUCGCUUCAUUGGAGCAGCUGCAUGGAGACAAACACUGAAGAUGGAAUAUGAGAGCAGUGAACUCUGCUCCAAAAGGAGACAGGUAAACCCUUUCUAUGCAUGUGAUUCAUUCUUUUGAAAUGAGGGGAAGAACAGAAACAUUUCAAGUCAGAGGUGAUUGAUGAGUUAAGGAGACUCAAUUUCUCUGGUGCAGCUGUUUGAGAGAAGCAUGGACUGUAUAUUCUGUAUUUCUUAAUGGCAAAUAAUUUUUAUCCAGCACAUAUGUUUGUGAGAAUUUUCUUUAAAGGUAUUCAGUAAGUUGUAAUGUCAUUUGGAAUACAAUUAGGGUACUCUGAGUAAUAUAUAYGGGUGAGACUUACCACAGUCCUGUGCAGCUGAGAAGGGGAGCAAUUUGGCAAGAUGAGAUGGUGAAAUUCCUGCAUUUGCAGAUUUACAGCAUGGGUUUCCACCCUAGGCAUGCAAGAUGGRAAUUGUUAUUAUGCAACUGCAGAGGAUAAACUAGCCACAGGCUUACAUAACUCACCCCUGAACACGCACAGACCUCUCCUCUGCUGCUAUGUCAAGCUCCAAAAAGAUGAGUAAAUAGAAAAGUUAGGUACCCAUGCCACACUAAAUGUGUCUGAUUUCAGGAAGACAUUGCUGCACUGAGCAGUCAGAUAACGGGGCAUUUCUUCUGAAACAACAUCACCUUUUCUUGCAGUUUGAAGCAUCCAAAGAAACCUYGCAGAUUCCUCUCCUUCUAAACACUUAAACAUUUUCAUGGCUGUGAACUGCAGCUGGUUUAUUUAUUCCAGCCUCACUGUCGUAGAAUGUUGAGGCUCCUUCGUGAGAUUCUUUUGAUGUAGUGCUGAAGGGUUUUGUUGCCCUGGGGAAAUCUUCAAGUAACAUCAAUUCACCAUUAGUUUCUCCUGUGCUGUAUCUGGUUGCUGAUACUGAAUUCCUGUUAAAAAUUGUUCUGACUUCCAGCAGAGUCAAAUCUGCCAAAGGGUACUUAGAACAGGUCCAGGAUAUUCCAACAUGCCCUGUGGAGCACUGGCAGUCUCAUARCUAAAAUUAACCAUCCUUUCCACCUUAUUGGACUGCAGAACACCAGCUGUAAUUCCGGAAUUUUACCCAUUUACCAAAAUAAUACAGUGUGAUUAUUCCCCAUUCUACCCAGAUAUAAAUUCUAUAAAUAUACAGAUGAUAUACUGUGUGUUCAAAACCUGCUAACUGUAGGAGCUGUUUG